UUCCGGCAUUGCAGCCUGAAUGGCGGAGCCGGGGGCUAGAGCGGCGGCGGAGCCCGGGGACGGAUGGACGGGAGAGCCUGAGGAUCCCGGGGAUGGAUGGACGGGGGAGCCCGAGGAUCCCGGGGAUGGAUGGACGGAGGAGCCGUGGGGCGGAUGGCCGGCGGAGCGGCGGCUGUGGGUGCCGGGCAGGCGCUGGCUGGCGGCCGUGCUGCCCCUGCUCCUGCUCCUGCUGGCGGUGCCGCUGCCCUGCUCAGGCCAGAGCAGCCUGCGGAGCCCCGAGAACGUGUCGGUGCAGGCGGUGAACACCAACUUCACCCUGAGCUGGGAGCACAGCGACAGCCACCCCAACGUCACCUUCUCUGCACAGUUCCAGUGGUCGGAGCUGCAGGACUCAGGCUGGCAGGAGGUGCCCGGGUGCCAGGCUGUGGCUGUCCCAGGCUGUGACAUCUCCUCGGCCAUCUCCGAGUACUACGACGUGCACUUCGUGCGGGUGCGGGCCCAGGCCGGGGCCGCGCUGUCCCCGUGGUCCCACACCCUGGAGAUGGUGCCGGAGUACGUCGCUGAGAUUGGUCCACCAGGACUGGAAUUGCAGUCCAUGAAUGGAAUUGUAAAAGUUAAGGUUUCUCCUCCAGAAGCAAAUCAGAGGAAAAAAAUGUGGAUCAAUGAUCUGAGUUUUAAAUAUAACCUGGUGUUCUGGGAAAACUCAUCACAUGCUCAGCUCCAGAAUAAAAACAUUUUCCCUGUUGACACCAUUGAGGAUCUUGCCCCAAACAGCACCUACUGCUUCAAAGUUCAAGCAAAUCUGCCCCUGGAGGGAAAGCAAGGCUGGUUCAGCCCCAUCAGCUGUGUGAAAACCACCCAGAAAGUGCAGGACCUCCUGUGUGCAGCCAACCUGAGCAUCCUGGCUUUGGACAUGAGAUUCCACCUGCUGUGGGACAAGCAGGAGGAGCAGGGGGUGACCUACAACGUGCAGUACCUCUUGGGGUUCCUGAAGACCCUCAAUGGUGAUUACUCAGACCAGUGGCACAGUGUCCCCGGCUGUGAGAACAUCACCAGCUCCUGGUGCAACUUCUCCUCCAUCAUCAACAACACUGGAUUUUAUUACCUGCGAGUGCAGGCCAGGCAGGGACACAAAUCCUGCUUGUCUAGGGAACUCAAGGUGGAUCCUCUGCAAACAAAUGGAAUUGGCCCUCCUGGUGUGAGGCUGGAACACAGUGACACUUUGCUCCACAUCUACAUUACUCCUCCAGAAAGUGCUGAGGAUGAACUCGUGAGGGACAGCUAUAGCUUGUCCUACAGAAUCCUGUACUGGAAGAAUUCCUCAGAUAAAGAGGAGGAGCUGAGGCAGAAGGAGGUGAAGCAGACCAUGGCCACGGUGUCUGAUGUGUCCCCCUCCACCCUGUACUGUGUCAAAGUGCAGGCCUUCUCCAGGCCCUACAACAAGAGCAGUGCCUACAGCCAGCAGGAAUGCAUCCACACCCCUGCAGAUACAUCUUUGCCUUGGAUCAUUUUUGCGAUUUUCAUGGGUGCCCUGCUGGUUGUCCUGCUGGUGGCUGCCCUUCUUGUUUUUGUGCUCUACCAAGCCUACCACAAAAUCAAAUAUGUGUUCUUCCCCUCGUGCCAGCCCCCCCUGAACAUCGAGGGAUUUGGAGCACAGCCCUUCAGCAGCCCUUACCUGUCAGCUGCAGAGGAGCCAGUGGAAAGUUGCUGUGUGAUUGAAUCCAUGAUCACAGAAGAGGGAAGUCAGAUUGAUUUUACAGACUACAAUCAUUCCAAACAGAGCAGUCGAGACUCAGGGAAUUAUUCCAACGACGACAACACUUCUGGGAGCAAAGGAUCCAAAGAAGCACUGGAAAAGGAAAGCCUGUAACUGGGAAACAAAAUCCAGUUGUGGGAUUGUCAACCUCACAAACACUUCAAACCUUUCUGUAAUGGAAGUCCCAGCCUGAGGGGGACUCUGUGACCUUUGGGAUCCCAAGGGGGACUCUGUGACCUUUGGGAUCUCUGGGUUUGGGUUCCCAGAGCUGCCCUUGCUGGGGGAGCUCCUCACCCCUGGCUGGGAAUGUCCCCACUGUCCCACCCCACCAGGGCUGUCCCUGUGCACCAGGAGCAGCUUUGGACCCUUCUCUACUUGAAGCUGAUGAGCUGAACAAAACCUGGGUGCUCCACUUGCCUGUGGAGUCACUCCCACAGUGUUUACUCACCUAAGGAAAUCCGUGCUGGACACAAUCCUGUGGAAUUUUCACUUCUCCUCCAGCCCCUGGGCACUGCUUGGUCAGCAGGUCAGAGCUGAAGGUGCCAAAGGAGCAGGAGGAGCAGCAGUGAGGAGGCUGGGGCUGCUCAGGGGUUCCUCCUGGGUUCCUCCUGGGUUCCUCCUGGGUUGCUCAGGUGUGGCUGGGGAUGCUCCCAGUGCUUGUUCCAUGUCACUCUCCAUCCCUGGCAGUGUCCCAGGUUGGACACUGGGGCUGGAGCAGCCUGGGGCAGGGGAGGUGUCCCUGCCAUGGGUUGGGAUGAGCUUUAGGGUCUCUCCAAACCUGGAAUGAGCAGACCCCAGUGGGAUUGAGGAAGUGCCUUUAGCAGAGGGCUGAGCUUGGCUUAGUGCUGCUUUGCCAGGGGAUUUUCCCUGGCCAGCUGAGCAGGGGGUGCUGCAGGGACAUCUCAGUUGCCACAUUCCACAUUGUCCAUGCUGACUCUUCCAGAGUCUUCCCUUUUUUAUUUUUUUAAUGAAGAAAUUUUUUUAAUGAAGAUUUUUUUUUAUUGAAGAAACUGCUUAGGAGUCAGCUGGGUUUGAGCAUCCUGUGAGCUGCUGUUGUUUGUUCUGAGUAGGAACUCUUGAUGUUUGUAUAUCCUUUUUUACUUUAGUUUUGAAGAUGUUACCUAAUUUUAUAAAUUCCCUAUCCCUGUGUUCAUUGAAGAACAUGAUAAAUAAAUUUUGCACCUUUGCUUCUUA